UUUUCUUUGUUCGGGCCUGGUUUGGGUCCUAUGAACUUGUUAAACUUAGUAUAUAUAAGUAAAGUAAAGUGAAUGCAAGCCAACAGCCAAAUGUAGACCACUAGUGCAGAGUUCAGGUAAAGAGCCACGAUAUUGGGAGUCAGACAGACCUGAUUCUGAGUUACUACUCAGACACUUCUCUGAGUCAUAGUUUCCUUUUUCUUCUUCUAAAAAAAUGGUGGUAAUGCCUCAGAGAGUUGUUGUGAAGAUUAAUUGAAAUAAUGAAGGUGAAGCACUUCGCACAAUGCCGGUUCUCAAAUAGACCAUGGCCCUGAGAGCAUGUGGCUUGAUCAUCUUCCGAAGACGCCUCAUUCCCAAGGUAGACAACGCUUCAAUUGAGUUUCUAUUGCUGCAGGCAUCAGAUGGCAUUCAUCACUGGACUCCUCCUAAAGGCCAUGUGGAACCCGGAGAAAAUGAAUUGGAAACAGCUCUGCGGGAGACUCAGGAGGAAGCAGGCCUAAAAGCAAGCCAGCUGACCAUCAUUGAGGGGUUCAGAAGGGAGCUCAAUUAUGUGGCCAGGGAGAAGCCUAAAACAGUCAUCUACUGGCUGGCAGAGGUGAAGGACUAUGACGCAGAGAUCCGCCUCUCCCACGAGCACCAAGCUUACCGCUGGCUGGGGCUGGAGGAGGCCUGCCAGUUGGCUCAGUUCAAGGAUUUGGAGGCAUUACUCCAAGAAGGACACCAGUUUCUCUGCUCCACAGUGGCCUGAGCUGAAACAGUCACUUGCCUCAGUAGGAUCCUUGAGGGCCUUUCUGAGAUGAACCCACCUUCAGCUCCAGGGACGGUUGUGCUGGUCUGGCUCAUCAUAGCAAAGAACAGAUAGGUUAGUAAAUCAGCCCUGCACACUCAGAGGCGAGCAGGCAAAAAUCUGAGCUGGGUGGAAAGGAAGGUAAAGGAGGAGUUUAAAAAAAAGUGCAUCCUUGUACAAAAUAAACCUUAAGCAACCUAUCUGUCCU